UAUGGUGCAGUAUCAUUAAUUCUUUGCCUACAUUUGUUAAUCCAGUCGCUCAACCCAUUCUUCACUACUCUCUCUCAUACUUGUACUCUCUCUUGUACUUCUGCAAAGCCCUUUACUAUGGCACGUAACUUGUAGGUGUGUAUAAUGGCAUGUUAUUGGUUGGAACCGUGACAUAGUUUCCUUACUAUUCUGUGUAACUUUUAUAUACAUUUGGUAAGUCACUCUAGAUAAGAUUUCAAAAGUAUUGUAUAAAUCAGAGGUUUUUAAAGACUCUUGUGUCCUCAGAUUAAACUUUUUUUUUUUUUUUUUUUUUUACUGUAAUCGAAUCUAUGUGAACCAGUAUUGCUGUAUACAGCUGAAUAGCUCUUUUAGCCCGGGUAACUGGUGGAAACAAAAGCCUGCAUACACACUGGCUCUCCAGGACCGGAACUGCCCACCCCUGAUAUAAAUGUAAAUACGGCAGUUGUACUGAAUACUGUAAGUGCAUUGUCCUCAGUUCAGUGUAUCAUCCACAAUUCCACGUGGGUAUAUGUACAAUGUCUGAGGCCAACCAGUUUUCAAAGAAUGACAUGCAUAAGAACAGAAAGUGCUAGUGUAACCUGGCUGGUUUUUAACUAUUCGAGUCUAGGUUUUGGGGACGCACAUACAAUCGUCUGUGCUUUGCUAUACGAGCUAUAAAAUGUUUUUUGAAUACAACUGUUUGAGAUGUAAUGUGUAGUCUGCCAAUACUUGGAAUGCUACUGAAUCAUUUAAUGUUUCCACACGUCUUGAAAACAUGCGCACAUGAAAGACGAGAUUUCCCUGUGUCGCUUUUUCAUCGAUACACAAAGCAAAAGGAUAGCCUGAUUGGUAAAUCCAGGUUAUGUACGGAUCUCACGCUGGCUCGACCCCCGACAGCUGUAUCUUAGCGACCGAACGUAGCGUCUCCAGAAGGAAAAGCGUCCGGAGUUCUCUCCCUGGUGCAGUGAUACAUCAACGACUUCUCGUUACAUUAUAUAUGUAAUCGAUUGACAAAUUGUAGCCAUCUAUAAUCCCCUUGCUUGCAACCCAGCUGGCAAAUAGCUGGAUUUGCCUGGCCGUUGUCGCUUAUAAAUGAAAGCAGCUAGCUACAAUGAUUCAGCUAGCUACCAACUAUUGAGAACAUGGAUAACUUCGCUUGCUAGCGAGCUGGACAGGGCCAAACCCUUCAUUAAGCUAGCUCGUUAUAUUUGAACUUUUUUGUAUUGUUCUAAAACAUGGCACCAAAGAGAAAAGGGCCUUUGCAAACAGUGCAAAGGAACACGGAUGAUAUUAAAAAACAGGUUGAUAGUUUGAUGCUAGAAGUUCGCCAGUUCAAAGGAUCUGCAGAGAGCAAAGCAAUGACAGAGGCAUCAGAGAGAUGCACACAUUUACAAAGAUCAGUUGAUGAAACUAUGAUGACUCUGAAGAAGCUAACCAAAGCUGACGAACCUGCGCCGGUGGGGAAUUAUGAGCAGAGAAAACUGGAUGAAGAAAAUAGACUGAAGAUGAUGCAGGAGCAGCUGCAGGCUUUGGCUCUGGCUGUCUCUCCCGCCCAGAAGCCCGGUCCAAGCCGAAAUGCAGACGUGCCAAGUUCUUCUCAGACCGAGGAAGACGAUGAUGCAGGAGCUGAGAGUGAGGAAGAGGAAAGUGAAGAAGAGGAAGAUGAGGACGAAGAAGAUGAUGAUGAGGAAGAAGAUUUAGAAAAUCAAGCAGAGACUUUCAUUGCCAUCAGCGCCUUCGCAGGCGAACAGGAGGGUGACCUCACGGUGCAGAAGGGGGAGCUGCUGAGCAUUCUCAGUAAAAACCCUGAUGGCUGGUGGCUUGCCCAAGACUCCAGUGGAAACAAAGGUUUAGUGCCCAAAACAUACCUAAAGGCGCACCAGGAUGAGGAAGAGGAAGGUGAUGCAGAGGAUUCAGAGACUGAGGAAGAGAGUGAGGAGGAGGUGGAUGAAGUCUCAAAAACCAAGCAGAGCAGCCAAAAAUCUGCCUGGGAUGUUGUGAGAAAAGAAGUUUUAGAGAUGAACGCUACGGAUGUUCUGGCUGCCAUGGGGGCCAUCCCCGCUGGGUUCCGGCCGUCCACCCUCUCCAGCCUGCUCAGUGAAGGGAACACCUACAGAGGCAGCUACUACCUCCAGCCAGAGCUCAGUCAGUCCCAGCUGGCUUUCAAAGACCUUUUCUGGGACCCAGACACUGGAAACGUGCGGCCCCGCCCGUCCCGGACGUCUCUGACGCUCACGCUGUGGAGCUGCAGGAUGAUCCCCACGCCGGGGGUGGGGGUGCAGGUCCUCAGCAGACACGUGCGGCUGUGCGUGUUCGACGGAGCCAAGGUUCUGAGUAACAUUCACACCGUCAGAGCCUGUUACAAUUCGAAAAACCCCAAGACCUGGACGUUUUCUCCAAGGAUGGUUGGCAUCCUUCCCAGCCUGAUGGAUGGAGACUGCUUUGUCCGGAGCGACUCGCAGUCACCUGACCUGGGAAUCCUGUUUGAACUGGGGGUCACCUACAUCCGAAAUUCCACAGGUGAGCGGGGGGACCUGAGCUGUGGCUGGGCGUUCCUGAGGCUGUGUGACGCCAGCGGCGUGCCCGUCCCGCGCAGGACCUAUGAACUGCCGGUGCACGGAGGCACCCCGUACGAGCAGGGCGUGGAUGUGGACCCCUCUAUAACCAGAAGAGCCACGGGCAGCGUGCUGCAGCAGAUGAUGGUCUCCAGGAAACUGCCCAAACUCAUCGUCAAGCUGAAGUCCCCCAACGCUAAGACCAGGGCCAAUCUGAACCUCCUGCCGGACACUCUGGUGGGCAGCAGGUGCAGUGUCCAGCUGCUGGCGCUGUACAGACAGGUGCUGGCAGACGCGCUGCUGAGAGACAGGCUCACCAUGCAGAACGCAGAUCUAAUCUGCAGCCCGGUGCUGGCCACGUUCCCCCAGGUUCUCCAUCAGACCGAUCUUCUGGACGCCCUGAGGAGCGCGUGGGCGGAGAGAGAGAGUGGGCUGAAGAGAUCUCAGAAGCGGGACACACAGCUGCUGAAGGGCCUGUUUGUGGAGGUGUACCUGGAGACAGUCUUCCCCCUGCUGCACUCAGCCGGCCUGCCCCCUGCCCGGUGGGCCGACGAGGAGCAGGAGACGCAGCGUGCCAGCGUGGUUUUCGCCCGCCCCCCGCAGGGCGCGCUCGCCACCCUCCUCUCCGCCGACCACGCCCAGGAGGCCUUCGACAUCGCCCAGCUCGCCUACGACUUCCUGAGCCCCACCAGGGCAGCCCCGCCCACCAACUGACCCGCCGAUGACAUCGCACACACUCUGCAGCAACCGGAAAAAUGAGUAAUUAUCUUAACAAGGAAUUUAGUCUUAUACUAAGACUUUAAAAAGGCUUAUUUCCUCUUAAUACUGAAAAAAGAAAAAAAAUGAGUAAUUAUCUUAACAAGGAAUUUAGUCUUAUACUAAGACUUUAAAAAGGCUUAUUUCCUCUUAAUACUGAAAAAAGAAAAAAAAAAAAAGAUUGCCAAAAGGGGAGGCAGUCUGACUCAAUUCAAGAUUUGCCAGUGGGGCAAGACAAUUUGACUGGUCAAGCAGAAAAUCUGUUAUUUUCUACUUGAGAGAAAGAAAGAAGAUUUUAAUUCUCCUGACAAGACUGAAGCACUUGUUCAGACAGACUUUUGUUGCAGUGUAGUGUGCUGUAUGUACAGUCUUCUCACCACAGCCUCUAAGAACACCGAUGCUGAAGGACGGCUUUGAUUCAGUGGUGAAUGGCCACGCUAAACGGGAGCCCUCAGCGUUCGGCAGUUCUCACCGAGAGCUCAAUCAGUUCAUAAGGGUCAAGUACAAAGCUGCAGAAUCAAACCUCCGUUUCGGUGCAGAGGCUUUGCUUUCACACCAGCAAAUGGACAGGAAUAGAACCGAGAGUUUGGGUCACACCCUUCCACAUGAAGCCAGCGGACCGAACCUUCAGCGCCACAGUGAUUUCGGCAAACGGCCGUGUCCCGCCCGUAGUCCCGGUCUCUCUCUGUUGUUUUCGGGAAAGAGUGUUCAAACGCUGCCGGAACUGUAAGGACUGCUCUUAUUGUCAACAGUCUUAAAAUGAGUGCAUUUCUGAAGAUGUAUUUAAAAAAAAAAUUAUAUAUAUAUUUUUUAAAUAUUGCAGCACUGUCAAGAGCAUGCAGCCUUUGUGCAAAGCCCUGUCGGGUCCUGGGGGGGCACUCUUGACCGCAUAGCUUGGGGGGGGGGGGGGUGCGGUCCAGGGCCAAGCCUUGUACAUCACUGAAUGGCCCUGCCUGUGUUUUCCUUGCAUAAAAUAAAUAAAAAUCAAAGAAAAGCUCUGUU